ACUCGAGAUUCCCGGGAAAGUGCGAGAAAAUCAAAUAACACGAAGCUCUAUCCCCGGGAAAAUAGUGGAGCGACAUGAAGAGGCCGUCGCCGUCGAGCUCCGAUUUGGACUCCCCGAUCCGAUCCGAAUCUCCGGUUACUCCUCCCUAUGAAUCUCCUGCACUAUCUCCGGCGGGAUCGCUAGUCGACCAAGCAAGAGACAAGGAGUUUCCUCUGGGGUCGCCGGACAAUACGCCGCCGUCGAGGUCUCCGGAUAUGAUUCCGGAGAAGCCAUGGACGUCUUCUGUUUCCACGGAGAAGCCGCAGAUUUGGAUAGAUAACUCGAUGGCAAUCGUGGCGAUAGACAAGUCCACUCAGUUCUCUCCUUCUCCGUCGCCUCCGCAUUCGCUUGAUCGUAAUACAGAUUCAGAGGAGGAUAAAUCACUGCAGGAUACUACACAGACGACGAAAGCGAAAAGCAAUUUUUCGGCGAAGGAAGAAGCGAAGUCUUCGGAGGAGAAAAAUCCAUCUCCGGUGGUGUUGUACAAUCGCUCUGUGAAAGAAGGGGCUCCGCCGGUGAUGAGUAAGAGCGCGCCAGCGAACUCCGCCGGUGCCGGUGGUAGAUCGAGGCCGGUGCUGGCCGUAAUGAAGAGGACGAGAAGGGAGGAGCUAGUAAAGUUUGCCGCUCUAGGGUUUCGGCUAAGCGAGGUCGUACUGGGCUUGAUAUCGUUCUCCAUCAUGGCUGCUGAUAAAACUCAAGGAUGGAGCGGCGAUUCAUUCGAUCGUUACAAGGAGUAUAGGUAUUGUCUAUCCGUAAAUGUGAUUGCUUUUGUGUAUUCUGGCUUCCAAGCAUGCGACCUAGCAUACUAUCUUGUGAAAGAAAAACAUUUGAUCCACCACCACCUUCGUCCUCCUUUCGAUUUCAUCAUGGAUCAGGUACUUGCAUAUCUUCUGAUAUCAGCAUCAUCUGCUGCGGCCACUCGUGUUGAUGAUUGGGUCUCGAACUGGGGGAGAGACGAGUUUACCGAGAUGGCGAGUGCUUCGGUCGCCAUGUCAUUCCUGGCCUUCCUCGCCUUCGCUUUCAGUUCUCUGAUUUCAGCGGUUCUGGUAAAAUCUUUCAUUUACUGUGGGUGUUUCUUCCUUCUAGAAGGAACGGUGACUCUGUCGUAGUUUACAACAUCCUAUAGCAUUUUAGGGUCGAGAAUCGAUGUCGAUCGACGUGAAUCCGUGAAGAGAAGAGAUCUGAUGGGACGAGCCAUGGAGCUUUACGAGCCAGAUUCUCGACAAGACAUGGACGUAAAAUUGGCAUCUUGCGGUAAUCCUUUAUGACCUUUGUAAUCUGACAAGAUUAAAUCGGAGUAGCGGCGGAUUCACUUAGAAUUUGAUAAUCUUGUCAGAUUAUAAACAACUUCCGAAAGUAGAAUGGAACGAUGUUCAUGGGA